GGGGAACUUGUGCCAUCGCUAGCGGUGAGAAAGGGGCGGGAAACGAACGGCCUUUAAAAACAAGUUUCAUUGAUACCCUGUAAUCAAAGCGAUUUAAAGCCUCUACGCGUUCGGACGUGCCGCUCUCCGUCGCAAAGCGCACCUAGACUUUUGUAUGCAUCGUUUACCGGCGCGCGAGCUAAAUAAUAAAUGCGAACCGCGGGCGCGCCACCAAGUGCAGUUUUAUUGACCGACCUGAUAGCAAGAACCGCCAUCAAUGCAAUUUGCCGCACGGCGUCCAAAAAAAUUCUACAAGGGAAUCAAGAGAAGAGACUGGCCUACUGUGUGUGGUGUGGGUGUGGAAAGAUGUAAACAAACGAUUUAAGCAAAUAACAACAAUAGAAAGGCGACCAGAAAAUAUCGAAAAAGCACAGCCGACCGAAUAACUGUAAUUGUGUUGUUGUGUCUGCGGGUGCUCCUUCGUGCAUCUGUGUGUGUGCUGCCCUGUGUGUGUUUUUGUGUGUGUGUGUGUUUGGAGCAGACAACAAAAGAAAUUGCGCUGGCUCUUCCUCCCCCUCGACCACCUCCUGCCUAGCUACCGUUACUUGCUGCACUGCCAAAAAAAAAAGCAACAAAAAAAAACACUACAAGACUCUGAGAGACGAAAUAAACGAAUUUUUUGAUAGAAUAAAUAAUAUAAAUAGGGUUUGCCAAGAAGUCAAUUACACAUAUAGACGAAGAACAGCAACGAUGGCCUUGAUAAGACUGGCAAGACAACUUGGACUGAUCGACACCAUUUAUGUGGACGGAGCCCGACCAGACCCAGCCAACGAUCCCGAAGAAUCAUUGAACGAAGAAGAAAUCACAGCUGCCGCUAGUACAGUACCCCUGAAGACAAAGAAAUCGCGAAAAAGCAAACAAUUGGCCAUGCAACCGUAUACCUAUGUGAUUGCCGUUGACUUUGAGGCCACAUGCUGGGAGAAGCAGGCUCCUCCGCAGUGGCGUGAAGCGGAGAUUAUAGAAUUCCCAGCCGUGCUCGUCAAUCUGAAGACGGGAAAGAUCGAGGCCGAGUUCCACAAGUACAUCAUGCCCAUUGAGUCGCCGCGGUUGAGCACCUACUGCACCGAACUGACUGGCAUUCAGCAAAAGACAGUGGACGGCGGAGUGCCGCUGCAGACGGCUCUGAUGAUGUUCCACGAGUGGCUGCGCAAGGAGCUGCGUGCCCGCAACCUGACGCUGCCCAAAAUGAACAAAUCGAACGUGCUGGGGAACUGUGCUUUUGUCACCUGGACCGACUGGGAUUUCGGGAUAUGCCUGGCCAAGGAGUGUACUCGCAAGCGGAUGCGCAAGGCCGCCUACUUUAAUCAGUGGAUCGACGUGAGAGCCAUCUAUCGUUCCUGGUACAAGUACCGUCCAUGCAACUUCACCGAUGCCCUCUCGCAUGUGGGGCUUGCAUUCGAGGGCAGGGCCCACUCGGGCAUUGACGAUGCCAAGAACCUGGGAGCUCUUAUGUGCAAGAUGGUGAGCGACGGAGUGCUCUUCUCGAUCACCAAAGAUCUGACGCCAUAUCAGCAGCUCAACGCCAACUGCGUGUUGUGAGCUCGUCCAGCAGCAAUCCCUCCAAAAACGCAACGCAGAAUAUCCACUUAGUUACUGGAUUUAUUUAAUUAUUAAUUAAUUAUCAAUGAAAAAAUAAGAGAAAAAACCGCCAGAUAUGAUUGGUACAAUUGUGUGUGUAAACCUGAGAGCUAAAAAGAUAAUGAUUGAAAUUUAAAAA